AUGGAUUUGAUUGGAAAAGUGUAUCUUCCAUCAAGUAAGCAAUAUACGUUCAUCAUAGUAGCUACCGACUACUUCACUAAGUGGGUCGAGGCACGAUCGAUGAAAACUAUAAAUCAAACUGAUGUGAUCAAGUUCAUCAUAAAAGAUAUAAUCCAUAGGUUCGGCAUACCAAAAACUAUUACUAUCAAUCGUGGAACGAUAUCCACUAGUGAAGCGAUGGAAAUAUUUGUCAAAGAAUAUGGGAUCAAGCAUACACUUUCAACGCCUUAUUUCGCUCAGGCUAAUGGUCAGGCCAAGGCAACAAAUGAAGUCCUGAAAGGCAACUUAGAAAAAAUGGUAUAUGAUAAUUCGAGAGAUUGGCACAACUUGCUAUCUAAAACUUUGUGGGCCUAUCGAACAUCAAAGAGAUCUGGCACUGGUACAACACCUUUCGCAUUGACAUAUGGGUAUGAAGUUGUUUUACCCAUGGAAUAUGCUCAUAAGAAGGGUGUUCAGCACUGGUGCAAUGAGAAAGGAGAUAUAAUUUGUGAGAUUUGCCAUCAGCCUUACCAACCUGGUUAUACUGCGCCACCUCCACGACCUCACCGUGAAGAAACUUCCAUUGACAUUGGCGGAGGCUGGACAAUAUCUGCCACUCCUGUGGAAUUGGAUCCACGACUUAUGGCAAUGGCAGAGGCAGAACGACAUUUUUUGGAAGCCGAGUACGAUGACUAUGCUGCUUCCAAUGCCAGUGGAGCCGCAUUUUGCAGUGCUGCGGCCUUAAUUCUGUUUUACCAUUUGAUGGCCCUUCUGCUGUUGCGGCAUGCAUGGAAUGUUUCAGAUGAUGAUGCAGAUGAUGACAUAUCUGCUUUUUUCUCUGAAAGAAGAAUUCUUUUCUUGCUUUGGCCUGCUGGGUUUCUUUUGCCGUGCUACAUUAUGGCUUGGGCUAUCAGUAUCUUACAGCGUCAUAGGCAAAGACAGGAGGCUGCAGCAUUGGCAGCAACACAAGUAGCAUUUGUUUUGCAAUCAGGGCAGCGCAGAGGUCUGCAAUUUGCAAUAGCAUCUGGUCCGUCAGGACCCUCGGUAACCCUGCACCAGGAAGCUUUUUGAUUUUUGGUGGGGAGCGAGAACUCCUGAUAGUUCAAGAUUGUUGCAUAUAUAGAGUGAUUGAGUGGAAUGCACUGAAAAAUAAAUGGAAAAGUUUCCAUUCUUGUCCAAAAAUAUGAAAUUUUAAAAAUUAAUAGAAGAGAAAUUGAUUCGUGCAAGCGUGGCUAUCUUGUUGGAUGCUGCUGACUUUGGUUUCCAAACCAUUUCAUGUAAAUAUGAAUUUCUAUUUCAGCCUAA